UUAUCUGCUAAUGUUGUGUUAAACUAUCGUCUAAAUGCGUGUGUUUUCGAUAAAUAGUCCGAUAUGUGUUACUAUUUCGAAAUACCCGUUGUCAAGGAAGUGACUUUGAACUCUCGCGAGAUCUCAGCCGCGGCCGUUUGAAGCUGUGACCCAGAUUAAUGGCUACCAGCAGCAGCUAGCUGCGAUAGCAAGCGCUUCGUCCUGGUUGCAGAACAAUUUUUUCCCGAGACUCCAUUUGACUCGGGGAUCGACCGCUGCCCAGCGGUGACGUUUUUUAACUAUAGGACGAUGGGCAUUUUAAACGGAAGACCGAGGUGAGGUAACGUUAGAUCACGUCAUAGCCGAGGCACCGCCAACAUAUGAGAAUUCAUAUUCGCAACAGAGUCAGUUUCACAAGGGAUUAACGACAACAACGCCUACGAUGCGAUUGAAAACAUCACUACUGAAGGAACCUAAACAUAGGGAACUAGUGAGCUGCAUUGGCUGGACCACAGCUGAUGAGUUGUACUCCUGUAGUGAGGACCACCAGAUCCUCAGGUGGAACCUUCUGACCAGCGAGACCAGUCUGGUAGUCAAAGUGCCAGAGGACUUCUACCCCAUUGACGUGCACUGGUUUCCCAAGACCGUUGGUGGGAAGAAGCAGACGCCGGCUGAGAUCUUUGUACUAACCAGCACCGAUGGGAAGUUCCACCUUGUGUCCAAAACAGGGCGGAUUGAGAAGAGUAUUGAGGCUCACAAAGGAGCUGUUUUAGCAGGCAGGUGGAACCAUGACGGGACUGCUCUCAUCACGGCUGGUGAAGACGGACAGAUCAAGAACUGGUCCAAAAGUGGCAUGCUGCGUUCGACACUAGCAAACCAAGGCUCUCCUGUAUAUUCUGUGGCCUGGGGCCCAGACUCCGAGAGGAUCCUCUAUACAUCAGGUCGACACCUGGUCAUCAAACCUCUGCAACUGAGCGCUAAAGUCAUACAGUGGAAGGCGCACGAUGGGGUCAUUCUGAAGGUGGACUGGAACUCAGUCAAUGACCUCAUACUGUCAGGAGGAGAGGACUGUAAAUAUAAGGUGUGGGACAGCUUUGGCCGCCUGCUUUAUUUCUCGCUGUCACAUGACUACCCAGUCACCUCCUUGUCCUGGGCUCCAGAUGGAGAAGUGUUCGCAGUGGGCUCCUUCAACACACUGAGACUUUGUGACAAAACUGGGUGGUCCUACGCUUUGGAGAAACCAAACACGGGCAGCGUGUUCAGCCUGGCCUGGUCUGCUGAUGGCACCCAGGUGGCUGGGGCCUGCGGGAAUGGCCAUGUCAUCUUUGCCAAUGUGGUGGAGCAGCACUGGGAGUGGAACAACUUUAUGAUCACCCUUACCAAGAGGAAAACCAUGCAGGUGAGGAAUGUGAUGAAUGAUGCGGUGGACGUGUUGGAGUUCAGAGAUCGAGUCAUCAAAGCCUCGCUAGCUUUCGGGCACCUUGUAGUCGCCACAUCCCUUCAGUGCUACAUCUACAACACACGGAACUGGAACACUCCCCUCAUAUUUGACCUGAAGGAGGGAACAGUCAGUCUCAUUCUACAAGCGGAGAGACAUGCUCUUCUAGUGGACGGGGCAGGGUUGUAUAUAUUUUCCUACGAGGGUCGACUCAUCUCCUCCCCUAAAUUUCCUGGUAUGAGGGCUGAUAUCCUCAAUGCUCAGUGUGUCUCACUCAGUAACGACACCAUUGCCAUCCGUGAUAAAAGUGAUGAAAAAGUCAUCCUUCUGUUUGACGCCUUAACCGGCAAACCGCUCUGUGACGGGAAGUCUUUGACUCACAAGCUGGAAGUGGUGGAGAUAGCUCUGGAUCAGUGCGGUCCCUCCACCGAAAGGAAGAUCGCUUUGAUCGACAAAAACCGCGACCUUUACCUCACUUCUGUGCGGUACCUCGGACGUGAGCCCAAAAUCUGCAAAAUCGGUAGCAUGAUUCACAGCAUGGCCUGGAACAAUGUGGCUAACAUCCUGUGUGGGGUUCAGGACAACCAACUCACUGUGUGGUACUACCCCAGUGCUGUCUUCAUCGACAAGGAGCUGCUUCCCAAAACACUUUACAUAAAGGAUGGCAGCGAGUUCAGCCUCACACCCCACAUUCUGAGCUAUGUGGACACAAAGGUGCGGUUGCGCCAAAGAGACGGUUCCUUGCUGUACACCAGCGUGCCUCCAUACGCUGUGCUCCUACACGAAUACAGCAGCUCGGCACACUGGGAGGACGCGCUUCGCCUCUGCCGCUUUGCCAAGGAGCAGUCUUUGUGGGCAUGUCUGGCUGCCAUGGCGAUAGCCAACAAAGAGCUGACCACAGCGGAGAUGGCCUACGCUGCCAUUAGAGAGUUACCGCGAGUGCAUUACAUCAACUUCAUCAAGCAACAGCCGUCCAAGGAGUCGUCUUUGGCCCACCUGUUGCUGUUCAGUGGACAAGUCCAGGAGGCUGAGGCCACUCUGUUACAAGCUGGACUCAUCUACCAGGCCAUACAAGUCAACAUUGAUCUGUUUAACUGGGAGAGGGCGCUGGAGCUGGCAGUCAAACACAAGACCCAUGUAGACACUGUGCUCGCCUAUAGGGAGAAGUUCUUGCAGACAUUUGGCAGGAAGGAGACCAAUAAGAGGUUCCUGCAGUACACUCAAGGGGUGGAAGUGGAUUGGGAAAAAAUUCAAGCCAAGAUCGAGAUGGAGUUGUCCAAAGAGAGAGAGAAAGCUGCUAACGCGUCUGUCAGGAGCAGCUUGGCCCAGCGGCGUUAAUGUCAAGAGGACCCCUCUGAUUCCCUUGUAAAAAAGAGUAAAAGCAAGAAUCCCAUUCUUUGUGAAUGUUGGCGAACAAGAUGGUCGAGAGACCAACCACAAUGUAAAAAAACCAAAAAACUUUUGAGGUCUUCAGGAAUUAUUGCUCCAAGUCCGAACAAUAAUCUUCCGUAAACCCAUCCAUCCGUCCAUUUUCUGAGCCGCUUAUCCUCACAAGGGUCGCGGGAUUGCCGGAGCCCAUCCCAGCUAGGGGAGAACAUGCAGACACCACACAGGCGGCGCCAGGGAUUGAACCCCGGUCCUCGGAACUGUGAGGCAGAUGCUCUAACCAGUCGCACACCGUGCCGUAAGCUUCAUUUUUAAUUAAUUGUAUUCAUUAUGGCACGGUGACUGACUGGUUAGAGCGUCAGCCUCACAGUUCUGAGGACCCGGGUUAAAUCCCCGGCCCUGCCUGUGUGGAGUUUUCUCCGAGCACUCCGGUUUCCUCCCACAUCCCAAAAACAUGCAUUAAUUGGAGACUCUAAAUUGCCCUUAGGCGUGACUGUGAGUGCGAAUGGUUGUUUGUUUCUAUGUGCCCUGCGAUUGGCUGGCUACCAGUCCAGGGUGUACCCCGCCUCCUGCCCGAUGACAGCUGGGAUAGGCUCCAGCACGCCCGCGACCCUAGUGAGGAAAAGCGGCUCAGAAAAUGGAUGGAUGGAUGGAUGGAUGUAUUCAUUAUAAGGCCCUGGCAACACGAGAACAAUUGCACAUUUCAUUUGCACAUAGUUGUGACAUUUCUACAGCAAAAAAAAAAAAAAAAAAAAAAAACAUGUGGCCUUACUGUCAUAUCAGAGCAGAUAUUUCAGACUCAUUGUUGAUCUUUAACAGUCUGUAUAAUCUCCCUGUAAGUAGUGCUUGUGAUGUGUUUAUAGUUUAUGAUAGAUAUUUUUACAGAUUAUAUUCAAGAAACGAUACCUUCUACAAAAACAUAAAAGAAACAGUGAACAACAGAUGUGUCAGUUCUUACUAAGUUGUCCCCAUAUUAGAUGGUAUAUGCCAUCAUGUUUAAUAUACCUUCUUCCAAUUUGGGCGAAUUCCCUCAUGGGACUUCAUCAAAGUGUGUCCCCUGGAUUCCCUCAAAACGGCCGUUUCAAGCCAAAAUGGUCGAUUUA